GGUAAAGAAGAAUAAAUAAGAGGAGAUGGAUAAUGUGAUACAAAAAUGGAAAGUUGAAAAAACAAAAUUGAGUAAAUGGCUGGCAGAAGAAGACAAAGCUUUGCUGAAUCUAUUCUAUGACCUAAACCAGGGGCAUGCGAAUGAAGAAGUUUGGACGGACAACGAAACAUGUUAUACCAUAACUUUCAAGUCAAUAAUAAAGCUUUUGGAUGACCUAGACAUGGGGAACGAAGUAAUAAACGGGUACACAUCAAUGCUGAAAAGGGAGCAGGAAGUUAAACAACUAACGCAUGGAAAUAGUGCGUUCUUCACAUCCAGCUGCUGGACACUUAUCAAAAUGGCAAAUCAGUCCCCUAAAAAGUACCUCAUUGAUAGUAAACUUGAACAACUCUAUGACGAAUUACAUGAUAAGGGCUUAGAUUACUUUCGGUACUUUGUUUUCCCGAUGAACUCUUCAGGAAAUAAGACGAACAAAAACAGUCCAUAUCAUUGGAUUGUGCUUGUUUAUGAUAUGCAAGAGGAGGAAUGGAAGCAUUUCAAUUCAUUGAAACCAAGAAAGAAGUUGAAAUCAGGUGACCCUUACCUUAAAGAUGCUGUAAUGGUGGUAAAAAAACCUUCACCUCUCUCUUAUUUGCUUAUUUAA